UUUCUGUUUCCCUGCAGGAAGCUUCACACACCCAGUAACAUCCUGCUCGUCUCUCUGGCUGUCUCAGACUUUCUUGUGGGUCUUCUGCUGAUGCCAUUAGAGAUCUUUAGAAACACAGCCUGCUGGGUACUUGGUGAUGUAAUGUGUUCUGUUUAUUGGUACCUGACCAGCAACAUUACCUGUGCUUCAAUAGGGAACAUAGUUCUAAUAUCAGUUGACCGUUAUGUGGCGAUUUGUGAUCCUCUGCAUUACCCCACCAGAAUUACUGUGGUCAGAGUCAAGCUCAGUGUGUAUUUGUGUUGGUUUUUUUCUAUUUUCUACUGGAGUCUUUAUAUGAAAGAUAUCCUAGUUGAACCAGGCAGGUAUAAUUCGUGCUAUGGAGAGUGUGUGCUUAUUAUUAAUGACAUUGCAGGGAUUGUUGACCUUGCUUUGUCCUUUAUAGUUCCAGUUACUGUUAUUAUAGUUUUGUAUAUGAGAGUAUUUGUGGUGGCUGUGUCUCAGGCUCGUGCCAUGCGCUCUCAUGUUACAGCUGUCACACUUCAGUGUUCACUGAAUCAAGCAAACAAAUCUGAGCUGAAAGCAGCCAGGACUCUUGGGGUUCUUGUAGUUGUAUUUUUGGCAUGCUACUGCCCAUUUUACUGCUACUCUCUUGUUGAUAAAAAUGUGGUCAAUGAUUCAUCUGCAUCUUUUGUGGUUCUUGUCUUUUAUUUUAACUCAUGUUUAAACCCAUUGAUCUAUGCUCUGUUUUACCCCUGGUUUAGAAAAGCUAUUAAAUGUGUUAUCACUCUGCUGAUAUUUAAGCAUGACAGCAGUGAGGUCAACGUAAUAUAGAAAUACAAUGAA